ACCACCGCCGACCAAACCGCCAGCGCCAUCGACGCCACAGCCCGCACCGUCCACUACAAGUGCGGCGACUGCGACAUGGACGUGCCUCUCAAGCGCGGCGAGCCCAUCCGGUGCAGAAACUGUGGUCAUCGUGUGCUUUACAAGCAGAGGACUAACCGG